AAUGGGCCAAAUAUUUGGCGUUAGCCAAUAGGAAACGAUUCUCACUAGACGAAUGGCACAGAGCUGAGCACCAAGAGUCUACGAAUCGCCGUUGCUCCUACAGCCAUUGCAGUGCCAGCGAUAUAGACUAUUGAGAUAAGCCGAGGCUUUGACACAUUCAAGAUGCCUAAAGACCCGAGGAAACCAAAAGGCAAAAUGUCUUCAUACGCCUACUUUGUUCAGACAUGUCGGGAAGAGCACAAGAAGAAGUACCCGGGCACCGGCGUCAACUUCGCAGAGUUCUCCAGGAAGUGCUCAGAGAGAUGGAAGACCAUGUCUGCCAAGGAAAAGGGCAAGUUUGAGGAUUUGGCGAAGCAGGACAAGGUCCGUUACGACCGGGAGAUGAAGACUUACACCCCACCGAAAGGAGAGAAGAAGAAGAGAAUAAAGGAUCCCAAUGCUCCUAAGAGACCCCCGUCUGCAUUCUUUGUUUUUUGUGGCGAGCACCGCCCCAAAGUGAAAGGGGAGAAUCCCUCCCUGACCAUCGGAGAGAUCGCCAAGAAGCUGGGCGAGAAGUGGAACGGCACGUCUGCGGAGGACAAGGUGCCGUUCGAGAAGAAAGCUGCCAAGCUGAAGGAGAAAUAUGACAAGGAUUUGGCAGCGUACCGUUCCGGCGGCAGGGCCAGACCCGCUGGAGGCAAACCCAGCUUCGCCGCUGCCGCCAAGGCCAAGAACAUGGACGACGACGACGACGAUGAUGACGACGACGACGAUGAGGAGGACGAUGAUGACGACGACGAUGAUGAUGAAUAGGUCAUAGAGCCUAGAUUGUGUAAAGCGCAAAAAAAAAAAGUUAACCCCCAUGUACACAUUUCAUGUCUCCAAACAGAAGCUAGGUUGCGUACAAAAUGUUUUGAAGCUGUACAGAUUUUAGCCCCAAGCCCCCAUUUCUCCAACUUUUAAGCUGUGUCCAGUCCUGUUAACUAUAUUAUUAUCAGUGGUAGUUCCUUAGCCCGCCACCACCUUUGCCUGGUAGAGUUUAGGGGGUUUAUUAAAUGACUUUGGGCUAACGGGUUCCCUGUUGGUGUAGGGUAGGGUUUCCCAACCCUGUUCCUGGAGAUCUACCAUCAUGUUUUUACUCAAACCCUAACUUGUCACACCUGAUGCUACUAUAAUUAGCAGCUCAGCAAGCUCCAGCUGUUGAAUGAGAUGUGCUUUGUUAGGGUUGAAAACCUAAAGGACAGUAGAUCUCCUGGAGCAAGGUUGGACAGCCGUGGUGUAGGGUAACCAUGAUGCAGUAUUUAAAUUUAUGUGGAGUUGUAGUUUCCAUAUGUAUUUGUGUUUUUAAAAAAAAUAUUUUUUCAAUUUUGCCAUGUCCUAGUCCUUUUACUAUACUAUGAAUACCACUGAAAUUGCAAUGAUAUAAAUGCAAUUGUUUUUGUUGUCAUUCUGAUUCUGAAAUUAAUCAUUUUUAAAAAAUAAAACUCAUUUUUGUUUCACCAAAAA